AAACUUGUUUACCAACUUGUUUUCUUGAAGCUUUGGUUGGGUUCCAAAUUCAUUUACAUACCUAUUUACCUAUUUCUCUUCCCAUGGAGCUGCAUCGAGCGAGGCGCACAAGCAUUUUAUACGCAUUGAGUUUGCCUCGUCACCAAUCAUCGGGCGAGAGGCUUAUCAAAACAACACCAGAAUUCGAUGUGUUUGGUCGUCUUAGUCGUCGUCGUUUCGAUUCGGGGAAUCAAAUUUGUGUAAUUUGAUAAGCAGUUAAUUAUAUAACCCGUUCCCAGCAGCGGCAUUUGUCCACACUCGAAAUAACAACAAUGGAAACCUUGGCCGUGGCCCUCGAACCGUACAAGGACACCGUCGGACUGACGGCGGCCUCAAUUACGGUGCUUCAGUUCUUCAGCGGAUUCCUGGUGAUCAAUGACAUCCGGAAGAAGGGCACCACCGAGGGCUUUCCGGUGGGCCCAUUCCUGGGGGGUGCCGUUUUUUCCAUCCUCAACAUUCAGUUCGGUCAAAUGCUCCGAGACGAUGCCAUGAUUAAGGUCAACUUCAUCGGACUGGCGCUGAAUGUGAUCUAUGUGUGUGCUUUCUAUCUGUAUACGGUUGGGGGCUCGGCCAAGGGGAAAGUGUGGGCCCAGACGGGUUUGGCGGGGGCGGUGACGGUCGGAAUUUUGUCCUACGUCCAGUACGAGGACCCCAAACUGGUCGAGUUCCGGUUUGGCAUCAUUUUGACGGUCAUCCUGCUGCUACUGGUUGGAAUGCCGCUGUUGGGGUUGGGACAAGUUAUUACUACUCAAUGUACGGCAGGACUGCCGUUUCCAAUAAUCGUGUCUGGUGCGAUUGUCUCUCUGUCGUGGCUGUUGUAUGGCGUUAUUUUGCGAAGCGAUUUUUUGGUGAUGCAACAAUCCUUGGCACUCGCCAUUUGUUUGGUCCAGCUUUCACUGUUUGCCAUUUACCCGAGUCAGCCGCCCAAGCGAAGCACCAAGCCAACCAAGAAAACUAACUAAAGCUUCGAAUAAUUAUAAGGCAACAGAUAAGCGCAGCUUGGAUUCGCCAACAAUUGACAAUAAAAUUUACUAAAAAAAAGUACUAACUUCUUCAUCCAGUAAUAUUUAACUAACUCUCUAGCGUUAAAUAAGAAAAAGUUAAACUAUAAAUUUUGGCAUAGAAAGUUUUAUCUUUAAAAAAACAUCCGCAGUUUGUUCGGAGAGUUGUUACAUUUUAAAUGUAGUUUUAAGCUAUUUACAUUGGCAAACUUUCCGAUAGUGCAAUAAAGCAGUUCAGCUGCCAAAUGACAAUAACUUGUUGAACAUACCUAUUGAUAAUAACUAUGAAAUAAAUAUGCAGGUAAAUUGGGGGAAUUCUAACAGUUGGGGAAAUAAAGUCUGAUCCUGU